CUUCCAGUGUAGAUAUUCGGGAACUUCCGUGGAAGCUCUGGUUGUGGAGGUCAACUCUGUUCCUCCACCUCCACCAGUAGCUGCUCCUGGACCUCUCAGGGUGGAGCUCAGACUGGCCAAUGUGUCACCAAAGGCUGUGCUGAAGGGGAUGAGGCCUACACGUCCUACUACAGUGACGCUGAUUAUCCCAUCACAAAAGUCCUGCGAGAGCCUGUGUAUGUUGAGGUGCACAUUAUGGAGAGGACUGACCCCAACAUUGUCCUGAUGCUGGGACGUUGUUGGACUACUUCAACCCCCAGUCCACUCAGUCUCCCCCAGUGGGACCUUCUGAUCGACGGAUGCCCUUACCAGGACGACCGCUAUCUGACCACACUGGUUCCAGUGACUGGAUCGUCUGGUCUUCAGUUCCCAACCCACUACAAGCGCUUUGCUGUGAAGAUGUUCACAUUUGUAGAUCCAGCCUCACUGGCUGCUCUGCAGGAAACCAUCUUCAUCCACUGCAGUACAGAGGUGUGCCAUCCAUCAUCUGGCUCUUGUGAGCAAAGCUGCACCAGGAAACGAAGAGACACUCGUAUCAAGGCUGUCUCUGGGGAGCAGACUGUGGUUUCUAGUGGAGAAGUUACUCUGGUCAUGUAAAUCUAGUGUUUUUAAUAAACCGUGCAGAACCCU